GGAGUGGGUGAUUUCCUACAGUCGUUGAACGCAGCAUUAGUUCAACCAACUUGUUGCUCAUUCAGAGAAACGCCUCCUAUUCCUCCUCCUUCUGCUCUUCUAAGCUCAAUUCCUGCAGCUCUCUCGCUCUCACUCCUGACGGGUAACUGGAGCGUGAACAUGGCUGCUAACCGGGUGAUCAUUUACGGUGGGAGAGGCGCUCUGGGCUCAAAGUGUGUCGAGUAUUUCAAAUCUAAAGGAUGGUGGGUCGCCAGCAUCGACAUGGUUGCAAAUGAAGAGGCUAAUGAAAACGUGAUCGUGAAGAUGACGGAGUCUUUCACCGAGCAAGCAGGACAGGUGACGGCAGAUGUGGCCCAGUUGCUAGGGGAACAGAAAGUGGAUGCCAUCUUGUGCGCGGCGGGAGGAUGGGCGGGAGGAAACUGUAGUUCCAAAGACUUGUACAAAAAUAGUGAUUUGAUGUGGAAACAGAGCGUGUGGACCUCAACCAUCUCCAGCCACCUUGCUGCCUUGCACCUAAAAACAGGUGGACUGCUGACUCUGGCUGGAGCUAAAGCAGCCCAGUCAGGCACUGGAGGCAUGAUAGGAUAUGGCAUGGCCAAAGCAGCCGUCCACCAGCUGUGUCAGAGUCUCGCAGCAAAAAACAGUGGGAUGCCUGCCGACACUGCUGCUGUCGCUAUACUACCCGUUACCUUGGAUACGCCGAUGAACAGGAAGUUCAUGCCUAAAGCAGAUUUCAGUACCUGGACACCGCUGGAGUAUAUUGCAGAAAUGUUCUUCAGCUGGGCCACCGGGGUGAACCGACCAUCUUCAGGAAGCCUCAUGGAGCUGGUGACCUCCGGAGGCGAAACCCAGGCUGUUGCUGCUCAGUAGAGGACAGAGCAGGUGGGGGGUGGGGGUUAGUAGGGAGGAAGCGAUAAAGAUGGAUGGAAACGGAUACAGAGGCUUGAGGAGAGAAGGGUGAGAGAUAGAUGGAAGGAGUGAUGAGGUGUAGAGGUGAAGAACAGAGCUGGAGACAGAGAGGAGCUAAAUAAAAUGGGUAGGUGGAGCAGAGAUGACCAGAUGGGUUUGUUUUGGAGGAGGGGGGCUUUCUUUGCAAAUACAGCCUCACAGCGCCAUCUAGCUGUCAAUCAUUGUAACUAUCUGACUGUAACAGCCAAUCCAACUUUGUUCAAUCUCUAGUAACUGAAAUAUUCUUCACGGAUGGACCAUCAAGGUUUACCUAGCAUAUUUGAUUUAAUCUCACUGAACAGUGAUGUGAAAUUGUGGUAACUGAACAUUCAGAGUAAACAGUGUUAUAAAUAUUUUAGGCUUAUUUCAUCGGAUGCAAACGAGGUAAUAAAAUAUACUAAUGUAGCUUUAAACUCAAACUAAAGUGAUGUCCUUCCAUUUCAUUGUCAUAACAUUUUUAAUACGGGUAAUUGCUGAAAAUUAAUGAGCAGUGGCUUAUCUACCCUGUGGUUUUUUUGUUUUUUACCACAUUUUAAAGUUCAUUCUUCUGAAAAGCACAUUGGAAACUUCAUAAUCACCUACAUUAGCCAUAGCAGUUCCCUCUAAAAUGUAACAUGUGACAGUGACCCGUGAAAUGUGUGAGCUCCGUAGACCUUUUUAGUUUCCACUGUUUAGGUCCUCUACCACUGCGGAAACUCAGUCAAAGAAAGCCGCUGUCUUCUCUCAAACGGACAAUAACGCUUUAAAGUGGAGUGGCCUUAUUUGUUUUUUGUAUGUAGCUAUCAAGUCAAAGUGUCCUUGCCGUCUGCAGUAUGAAAAAGGUGCUCUGUUCCUGUUGUGGGUUUUCUGAGUCAUGUGUUGUAACUGUCAAUAUUCACAUUAAAUCAAUCCAAAAAAAAUUGUCAUCCUGUUUGAAAACAGCAGUUGAAGUUUAAGAUGCUUUGGUGUUUGUAAAAUUAUAUUUGUUUUUUGUUUUUUUUUAAAUCUAGUGAGACACAAAUAAUAAAGCUCAUGUUGCAAUAA